AUGGAGGAUUUACUUCACGAUUAUUUAAUUGUUGAUACAAAUAUUUUUCUUCGUGAUACUGGAGCAAAACUAAAUCGAUUUGCACAUCAUAUUGUUACAGUUGAAGAUGUAAUUAAAGAAGUAAAGGAUGAAGUAUCACGACACAGACUAGAAACCCUACCAUAUGACUUAGAAUUAUCUGAACCUAAACAAGAAGACAUUGACUACACUGUUAGAUUCUCAAAAGAAACUGGAGAUUAUAGAAAUUUAUCAUUACAAGACAUUAAGGUUAUUGCUCUUGCUGUACGCUAUGUUAGAGAAAAAUUACCAUUUCUUGAACUUGCAAAACAUCCUGGAGACUCAAGAAAAGUGAUGAAUGAACAAGAACGAUUAAAAAAAAUUCAUGAAAUGAAACAAACUAAGUCUAGUAAGAAAGAAGAAAAAGAAACACAGAAGAAUGAUGAAGAGCAUAAAUCAUUAACAUGGACUGUUCCUGUAAAAAGUGAGGAAGUUAAAGGAACGGAAGACCCAAGAUUUCCAAAAUUAGGGGAAAUGUUAAAUGCAAAAACAAGACCUAAAAUUGUUACUCAAUAUGAUUAUGAUCCAGAAGAAGAAGAGCAUAAAGAAAAAGUUGAUGUAUUUGCAGAAACAGAUAAAGAAAAUGAAGAAGAUAAAGGAUAUAAUGAUUAUAAUGAUUAUAAUGAAAUAUUUGAAGAAGAAGAAAUAGAAGAAGAAGAAAAUGAAGAAGAAGACACAGAAGAAACAUUAAUAAAAGAAGAAGACAAUAAAGAAGAAAUAAAAGAAGAGGAGGAUAAAGAUAUUGGUAAAGUUCGAAUUGAACCAAAUGAAGAUAGUCAAAGAACAGAAUUUAUUGUUACUAAAGCACCAAUUAAAAAAGAAAAAGAGGUUGAAGUUGAUGAAGAUGGGUUCAUUAGUGUAAGUAAAGGCAAGAAAAAAGAAAAUAAAAAGAAAGAUGAUGGGUUUGGAGAAUGGAUCACACCAACAAACUAUCAUCAAUUAACAAAGAAAACAACAUUUGAAAAAAACGCAAUUAAACCAUUACGUGUUGUUUGUAUGACUUCUGAUUAUACAAUGCAAAAUGUAAUGAUGCAAAUGGGAAUUCGAGUGAUGUCUGUUGAAGGAAAAAUGAUAAGAAAAAUAAUGAAAUGGAUGUUAAAAUGCCUUAUUUGUCAAGAACAAAUUUUUGAUAUGACAAAAAUGUUUUGUCCAAAAUGUGGAUAUCAUGAUUUAAGACGUAUUUCCUAUUAUGUAUUAGCAAAUGGAUCAAUUAAAGAAAACUUUAAUGCAAAUAAAACACUUAGUAAACGUGGUAGAAUUUAUAAUGUUACUGUUCCUAAAGGAGGUAAAGAUAAAGGAAUUAUAUUGACUGAAGAUGUUUACAAUGAACGUAUUAAAGCAGCAAAAAGAACAGCAAAAAAACAUAGUAAAAUUACUGAUGGGUUUGGAGUUGCUACUCUUGCAGAGAAAUCUGUAGUCAUUGAGAAUGGAAGAAAGAAUCCUAAUGUUGCAAGAAGAAAAAUAGGAAAGAAAAAUAAAAGACUUCAAAAAGAUUAUUAA